CCUGUUCCAGAUUCAUCGAGGAAGUAGAAUCGGAGAUGUGUCAGAGCUGCUGUCGCUAGCUUUUGGCUUAGUGUAUGAGGAGGGCGUCCUACACAUCAGUCAGCCAUGGUAUAGAGGGGCACGGAAUAAAUAAACGAAAUGUCACGAAUAUAAGAAAACAUCUGAAGCAGGAGGGGCUCAUUUAUUCUCCUAACAGCCGAGGUAAGUGAGCCAAAGACCUGCUGUUGUUAUGACGGUGGGAUCCGUGUUAAAAUGAUGCUGCUACAUUUAAACGAGAGUCAACAGCAAUCGACGCUUUUUUGCCUUUUACGACAAGCAUUUGACAGCUAAGAUUCAGGGGGCAUUCGUAUAAUUAGUGUGGAUUUGGUCUGUUUGUUGUCUGUAUUUGAAGUUACUGCGCAAAUAUUCAGACUGGUUGUCCAGAAGACACUGACUGUGGUUAUCAUUUUCUCACCGGGGUGGGAUGAGCAAAGAUGCAGCGGAGGUUAUUGGCUUCCUCCCAAAAACAGUCCGUAUAAAUAAGCAUUUAACGGGGCAAACUGAAAUGUUGGUUAUUUUUUGUUUAAGCUAGCCAACAGUUACUAACGUCUCUCUACAUGUCCGCGCGUGCUGCUGUUAACUCGUCUCGCGCGGACUGUUAAGUCGUGACAAAGACUGAAGAGCUAAUCUUAGCAGCUGUUCUCAUGCCAAAUUGGAUAACUUAUUUACUGCUACAGUAAGGCCUUUAAUAAGUACAGUUUCUCUUGGCUCGAGUCAUACACAACUGUCUGAUAUAACGUUACUCACGAGGUGUGCUGGCGGUGGAGAGGACUGGUGCUGCUCGUGCGGAUGUGGGGCCCUUAGUCUAGUUAAUGAAGCUUGUUUUAUGCAGCUGGGUAUUACUCUGUUAUUAUUUAUUUUAAAGUUGAAUAACUGGUGUUAAGAUCUACUGAACAUAGGUUAAAGCGGUAAAAACAGGGUGCGCGAUAUCGAUCUUUACCGAUAUCUGACAUGCCGAUAUUUUCAAAUUUAUGUUAGAUGACACUGAUGUACUGAAGUACAUCAUUGGCCUGAGGGAGCUGACAUUUCCCCCCAUGCUGAAGGCUCCUUAUCAAGAGUUGUGAUCUUAGUAUUCUUCUAGCAGCCUGAACUGGAUUUUUGUCAAAGCUGUUAAUAACUGUUAGGAUCUUCCCAGCAGUAACUGUCUCUUUGUUUGCACUCCAGUUCUCUUUGUAGAUUUCAUUAAAACACAGAAAAAAAGGAGACUUACAAAAUAUUGAACUAAUGUGGCUGGGUGGGGCUGUAUGAAGUUUUGUAGAUUUCGUAAAAUACUGAUUUAAACAGUGCAAGAUGAAAUUUGCCAUUUAAUAAUUAGAAAGGUACAUUUUUAAAAGUGUCAAGUACAUUUACAAGCCACCAGCUUAACACAAAUGUGUUUGUUUGCUUUAUUGCAAGAAAAAAAAAAUCAACACAAGUAUAAAACUGUACAGCACUUCAGAUGAGUAGUGAUAUUCUCAGGCUUACUGCCCUAACUGUAGCUCACCAGUCCUAAAGGACCAAAGCGUAAAGGAUGCUUGAUAUAUAAUAUUGUAUAAAGGAUAUUGUUGUACAAAGGCUUACAGUGUGUCACUGGGAGGCAAAAGGUGACAACAAACAUACCUGCUCACACAUCUGUUGAGAUAGUUUCAGGCCAGGGACAAUGGUGAUAAGCAACAAUACAGUCAGGUGACUGCAUGUGUCGGAGAUGAUUUGUCUGUAAUUUAUUUUUAAUUGUUAUGCUUCAUAAACCCAUUAUUUUGAACAAUGUUUUUAUAGUGGUUAACCCAAAAUGAAUUCCAGUAAUUGUGUAAUCAGUUCAGCACUUAACUAAAUGUCAUGUUAACAGGUUCAUGUAAUCUAGAGGCAGCUUUUGAUAAGAUAUGGAAUAACAAGAUAUUGAAAAUGCACCAUAAAGGUUCUGACAUUACAUUAGGCCACUCCUAAACAGUCUAGGGGAGGGAUGGAAUAUAUUACUGAUCAUUAUUAUAAUCAAGGGAUCAAUGUAUUGUUCAUUCUUGUCUUCAGGUUUGACCACAACACUGUGACAUUUUAUCGACUUUGGAACAAGUCUUUAUUGGAGUUAAACUCAAACAUCGCUUGUAAGUAAAUGUAAUUUACCAUCAUCUGUACAUUUUAUUGUUUCACUCUUACAUUCAUUUGUUAUUUUGUCAGUUUUGUGUUACUGCUUUGUCAACAAUGGAAAGAACUGUUUUCUAUUUUUGUGAAAUCCAAUACCCCAACUUCCCCUUUCUCAGUAAUGAUAGGAGAUACUUUAGCCUCUCUGUAUCCUGGACAGUUCCUCUUUCAGUAAUUUCACAGCUUAUUUAAACCUGGCUGUGAAAGGGUAUGUUUGUUCCCUGUAACCAAAUGUGUUAUGACUGCAAUGCACUACACCGUUUUUCAGUCCAGGAUUACAGUCUUCUGAAUAUAUGGACAGGUUUUCAGUUGAAGUUGUUAGCACCUCAAUCAACCAUAUAGAUAAGUCUACUCUUGGCACAUUUUUAGAUGAAAUGUAAUUAAGGUGAGUGUGUUAAGUAACUGAUUGUGCACCAUCUGACUGGUCCGCUCCUCUUCUGUGUUCCCACAGAUCUGUUGCUGCAGGGCUUUGGGCAUCAGGAGUAUUAUUUAGGUCAGUCAGACAUCAUCAGAUAUUUUUAUUUUCCAUUCCCUAUCUGACAUAUCAGUCAUCCAAGAGCUCAAGAAAAAAAAGUCCUAAAUAAAUGAUGAAAAAGUGUACAAGUUAAGUGUGCAAGUGUAUCUGUGAAAUGUAAUACCAAAAUGGGAAGUAUGUUUGUGUAAGUUUUUUGUAAAAGCUCUUAAGAAAGUGUUGACGGCUGUUUUGUGUUUCAGAAUAAUCAUGAACACCCACGAGGCAGACGUGCACACCAUCUCCCCGGAGCUGCCGGCGAUGUUCGACGGCAUGAAGCUGGCAGCAGUGGCCACUGUGCUCUACGUCAUCGUCCGCUGCUUGAACCUCAAGAGCCCGACUGCACCGCCAGAUCUCACCUACCAGGACACUCCUCUCCACCGCUUCCUGCUCAAGUCCUGUCCUCAGCUGACCAAAGAGUGAGUGUUGUUUUCAGCUCAGUGUCUGUCACAAAGACUCAAAGCAUUACCAUGGAAAUGACUCUGCUUGUCCGCCAUCUGGGGCUGCAGUGAAGGUAGCUGUUUGUCUGGCGGUGGUCCCAUAUGUCAUAACUGAUUCUGAGUUUGCGUUGAGUGUAUGCCAGAGAUGUCUUGUCUAAGCAGUGGCUCUUUCAUGAAUAAACAUCAAGCCGUGUUUGCAGGGAGUUAUCCCAAAGGUAGAUUGGGUUUGUCACAUUUGCAUUAUAGAUAUAGACUUCUUCACCGUGGGGAAAGUGUAUUUGCAUAUAUGACAAUGCAAGACUCCCAGUCAGAGCGAGUCUGAUAAUCCUAUGAUUCAAAUCUUAAAGUAAAUGAUGCAAACCUGUUGAUAGAGGAAGGCAGGUUCAUAAUGGGUAAGCUAAACUAGAUCAGCAGCUAGACGCUAAUGCCCUAUGGUUUGACAGAGACUUAUACCUCCCUGUCUUAUUCUAAAUGAGCAUAACUAAUGUCCUGAGAUAUGAUGGUGUAGCAAGAAUCCAGAGGGUCUCUGCAGGGUGGCCUCUCUGUUUGCCUCAAGCGUCUGCUUAUAUAACCGAUUGUUACCAAGCCCUUUGCCUUUCAGCUGUGGUGUCACAGAAUCAUAAGGGGAAUGUGAUGUUUACAUUUGUGUCUCGCUUGUUAUCAUUCCCCCCUGAACAGCCAUAUUUUGCUCACAGAAAUUUGUACUCAAAAAAGUCCUCAAAACCAUCUGCUUUGUUGAUGUUGGCAUGGUCUGUGUCCUGUCUUUGUGCAAUUAAGAAGUGACGUUUGUAAUGACCCCUGUAGUUUCGCAUAACAAGGAUCAAUUACACAGAGAAAAGCAUAGGAGGGAUGUUGUGAGGUUAACAGAGUCAACAGCAGUUUUCUCUGGCUGUGUUUGGGAACAUGCACACAAGGGCUCGGACUGACAUGGAGAACAAAUAGGGACAGUGUCCUUUUUCAGGGUACAUCUCAGGUCAACAUUUUUCACAUUUGAAUCAAAAGAUUAUUCCUAGAUAUUAUUACACAACCACAUAUGCUCAAGCUUUGUAGCUUAUUUUCGAGUUGUAUUUAUUUUAUUUGGCUCCGGGCAUUGUCGCAGUAAUAAUGUAACACAUGCAUGCUAAAUAUUAAGUCAGCAGCCAAUAAUAAACAAAUCAAUACCAGACAGACAUUAGCAGCAAUAUAGUCUGAUGGAGUCUUGUAAUAGUAGCACAACAAAGAAGAGUAAAUGUACAAAAGAAAGCAGGAAGAUGAACCACAGCAACAACAGCAAUAUAGUCCAUAGUCAAUAUAGCCCAGCCAGCAGCAUGCAUUUACUUCAAGAGGUGCACUGUGUAUCUUUGGGUAAACAAGCCACCAGUUUGCCUUCCAUUCACCUCUCACCAUUGUAGUUUUUUUUUCUUUUUAAACCAGAGAUUUUAAUCUUACCAGCAUCAAAAGCCUGAGACUUUACUUCUAAACUUUGAUGUGGACCUUAGAUCUUGGCUUAACAAACCAUACUGACGUGUCUGUUUCCUCUUUCUGCUAUUUUAUUGCUCUGAAAGCAAACAGAGCACAGACAUUGUAUAAGAGGAUGAAAUUUAUGACUUUGAAGGCAGGAAUUGCAAAUCAGAUUUAAAUUAGAAUCAAGGAGUCAGCAAGUUAGGUUAAGUUUGUUAUAUCAGUGUUAUUGAUAUGUUGCUCGUCCUCCUGUCCAGAUAACUACAUCAAGGCUAUUCUCUUCUGGUAGUCAUUGAUUAAGCCUGCAGAAAUUGAUAUAUAUUUAUAUCGAUACAUGGAAGCAGUCUGGUUUUUGAUUGACAGUGCCCUUAUGUAAGAGGGUAUUUUCUACUUCCAGUAAUUGUUGUGGGUGUUGUUCAAUACCAGGUUGUACGGCUUGUGCAACUGUUGAUGUAACUGAACCCUUUUGCUCCCUUCCCAUCUACUUUUAUCUCUGUGUUUUGGUCGUCUGUCCACUGUUGGUGUCCACCCUUCUGAGCUUAUCUCACCUAACAGCUCCCUAAGAUGGCCCCACUGCAUCACAUUGUCAGCAAUUGUGACAAGAAAAUUAGAGAUAUGAUGUUAUGUAAUUGAGGGAAAGUGAGAAGGAGGCAGCCGGUGCUUGCUAAUGUGUCAUUUUCAACAACUGUACUGUUAAAAGCUUUUUUUUUAACAAGUAACCAAAAUCCAAUGGAUAAAAUCUUGCCAAUAAACACAGAUACUCUUUAAGAUAGAUCACCUGAUGUCUUUAGAGGAGAUAGAGAGAGUCAUAUUUUCUGAGGCGGGUCAUAUCAGAGGUUUGGAGCCACAAUACAAAAGCCUUGUCUCUGCAGAGGGUUACAACAUUAUGUGGACAGAAAACAAAUACUUGUUUUGGCUGUUAUCCCUGAGGCUCUCACUCUGAUUAUAACAUCUCUUUAGUCCAAUCUUUCUUCAUAUGAUUUGAUAAGUGGCUGAAAAAAUAGCACUUGACACAGUUUCUUCCCAUGAGGUUGUUCACAUGAUUUUGGAACCAGUGUAGAAAUAAGAUGGUGAUUCAUGAUAAUGCACAACACAAGGUCCAAUAUUCAAAGGAAUAUUAUGUAAUCCAGAGACUUGACUCCCACAUCAAACUCCUACAGAAUAUCGCAGGAUUUCAAGUACACAUGCUCAGCAUAACUUAUAAAAACACAGCCAAAGACAGUGUUAAACAUUGAUGUCAACCAGGAGCACAGAGCAGCUGCAGCAGAAAUGUCACUUUGUAUGCAAACUUUGUGCCAGAAUGUUGUAAAGUGUCAUAAACCAGGAAUGUAAAUGUAUCUUCUUUCAAUAAUGUCGUGUCAAAGGUAUUUCUGUCCCCUAACCUUGAGCUUUUUUUCUAGUGCAGUAGGACAGUAAGCUCAUAUUUCUGGAUCAAAUGUAACAGUAGAAACCGUAUUUGUGUUUUCCAGGUACAUUCCUCCUCUACUGUGGGGAAAGAGCGGUCACCUCCAGACGGCUCUGUACGGUAAACUUGGACGGGUUAGUUCGCCUCACCCUAGUGGAGUAAGGAAGUACUUACCCAUGCAGGAUGGGGCCACUGCGACCUUUGACCUGUUUGAGCCAGUGGGGGAUCAUCAAACAGCAGGUGGUGAAUUUGAUUUUUUUAAACGUUCUAUUUCUACAACAUUACAUACUCAACCAUAAGUCAUGCAGUUUAUACCUAACAGAGGUUGGGCAUUGUGAGGAAGUAGUGUGAGAACAUUGUAAAGGUUGAUCCUUCCCUUUGGAUGCCUCAGCUGACCCCUGACCUCAACUUUGAUCUUGUGAUCCUUUAAGAAAUCUUAAGACUCACAUGACAUUAGUUCCCCAAAAAGGAGCGUCAUUAGUUCUGUUCUGUUUGACUGAGUAUUCAACAGAAACAAAAAUCAGUGCUGUUUAUAGUUUAUACAUAUAGGAAUAUACUCUUUUUCUUAACUGAGCUCAACUCCCACUGAAGAAUAUUUCCCUCUGAUCCAACCUCCUGUUACAACAGAUGACAUCACCAUGGUGAUAUGCCCUGGAAUUGGUAACCAUAGUGAGAAGCACUACGUCCGAACCUUUGUGGAUUAUGCCCAGAAGGAUGGAUACCGCUGUGCUGUGCUGAACCACCUGGGAGCUCUACCCAACAUUGAGCUGACCUCUCCGCGCAUGUUUACCUACGGUGAGGAGCUGGCUCAACUCUUACUUUACUUGUCAUUACUAAGAGAUGAAAUGCAAGUUAACAUUUUAUAGCAUUAUAUAGAAGAAGAAUAAACCAGACUUAAGCACCAAAAGCACCACUAUUUAUCAUUGAAAUUAUUGUACCUAGUGUGCUGCUCCUCUCCAGCUGUCUGAUUGAAGUUGAGGCUUAAGACUGCUACCAUUCAUUCUAGCAGGAGAAUUUUUUUAAGAUAAACCUUUAUUUAUACCACAGUGGGGACAUUUGCAAUGCUAACAGCAAAGUUCUACACAGUAAAUGCAAAAGAAUUGGACAUGAUAUUCCACAUUUAUUUGAGUUAUUAUACCAGAGAAAAAUGUAGGUAUUUGCAAUUGUCAUAACUAUCUGGCCUGUCAAUAUUGCACAUAGAGCAAACAUGAUGAUAGCUUAGCCAUCACCCUUCUGUCCCCAACCACCUCUACAUGGUCCAGAGGGCAGCCCAGAACAGAGCUACCCUUCCUCACCUGUUAGUUGAGUCUGUUCCUGUCUGCAAACAUAAUGCUGCUGCUCCAGCAGACGACUCCAGAGAAGAGGACUGAGGCCACUAGUCAUAAAAGGUCCUCAUUAGUGCUCCCUGCCAUAGACUGUAUAUAGAAUGGACGCUGUCUGCCUCCUUGCUGGGUUAAGCCACCAUGGGAACAGCACCCUCUGGUGACGGGCUGCAGUAAAGGUCAUAAAUCCCGCCUCCUCCAGCAAUCCCUAUGGAGUUGCGGACAAACUUUAGAAAUUUGUUACACAGAAUAUAAAUUUUUUCUCCCCCCUGCUUGCAAUGUUGACAUGUAGUUAUUGUAAGACUGGUUUGUAGACUGGGCGUAUGAAGAUUGCGUAGCUCACCUGGAGGAUACGCUGUUUGAGCUAAGCGUCGUUACAGCGAGUCUCCCGCCGAAUGCGUACUAUGCUACUGUGCAAGCGGUGAAGUGCGUACAAUGCUACUGUGCAAUGUUGGUUUCAGGAAAUUGAGAAAAAUCACAGAAAUACCGAGAGUUUUUUGGCUUCAAAUCUGUAUACUGGUGGAAGGCGGAACCAAGUUGUCCAUAGUAUAUACAGUCUUUGCUCCCUGCACACCAAAUGACCUCAGUUUCCUCAGUGGGCGGAGUCUACUUUGGCCUUUUCUUGUAGAGUGAGUCUGAGUUGUCAGUCCAGUCCAUUAUAAUUGUUCAGGUGAACACCCUGUACUUGUAGGAGUCCACAAUCUCAAUGUCCUUUCCUUGAAUAUUAACCAGUAUGGGAGGGGUGGGUCUGUGACUGCAGAAACCUACCACAAGCUCUUUAGUUUUUCCAGUGUUGAUCAAGAGGAAGUUCCACUGACACUAGUCUGCAAAGAUAAAACAUGUUUAUGGUGAAACUUUAAUUUUCUUUCUAUGUAAUCUCGUUUAGUUUGAGGUGUUUUAAUCUUUCAUUGAGACAAAUCUCAUUACAACAUAAAGGUGAGGCUUAAAGGCUUUAUGAGUUGGUAAAGCUCUCAGAAUAAGAGAUAAUAACAGGUUUCAGGCCUGAUCUCAUGUAAAAGUCUGAUGCAGAUACACAUUUAAUACCCUGAGCUAAAGGCACCUUCAGCUGGAACUGCUGACCAGAGAGAAAUACUCAAUCCCACAGAGGUGUUAUGUAUUGAUUGAAAAAUGAACUGUUUCUCUAACAGGGUGCACAUGGGAGUUUGCUUCCAUGGUCAACUACAUCAAGCGGACAUAUCCUCAGACCCAGCUGGUCGUAGUGGGCUUCAGUCUGGGUGGAAACAUUGUGUGCAAGUUUCUGGGGGAGAACAGGACAAACCAGGAGCGAGUGCUGUGCUGUGUCAGUGUCUGUCAGGGGUACAGCGCUCUCAGGUGAGGAGUUCUUUCAUCUUUGCAUCCAAAUACAGCCUAUCAUCAGAGCUCCUGUAUUAUACAAGCACUAGAUUGUCACAUGUUCAUAAAUAUUGAUGCAGCUCAGCAUAAUACCACAGAAUGAUUAGUGGUUGCAUAAUACAACCAUGCGCUUAGGUCACCAAGUUAAAACCUUUCUAAGAGAUAGACUGAUAAAAGCUCUGAGAUUCAAAGGUUUUUGUGUUUUUGUUCAAUGCAACCAUGCAUUACAGCUUUCACUCUGUAGUGUGGAAGGUGUCUGUGUUCAGCAUCUACCUAAGUCCAUGUGAAUCUUUGUGAUGUGAAAAAUAGGACCUAAAGAGGAAAAUGGCUCACGCUUGAAACACUUUAUAUAGACAGAAGCACAUUAGUGAAAUCCACAGGGCGAGCAAAUGUAUCAGUGUGUCUUUAUUCCUAAACCACUGGUCCAUGAGGGCAGUAGAACAGACUCAGCACCCUGUGGUCAUGCUGGACCGAGCCACACCUCCUCCGUUUUAAGUGCAGCUAGAGUCUCUUGGCAGAUUUUACAGGCUGGAUCUGUCGUAGCAGGCUGCAGGCAGUGGGUGUGUUGUAGGGACUGGCUGUUUGCAAAAUUAGAUUUCAUAUUUUCUCUUUUAAAUAAAUCAUCCUCCUUUGAAAUCAGUGCCCAGCUACAGCUGGCCCUUCUGUCUGCUCUCCCUUAAUGCUGUUCUUCUUCAUAAAUUAUGUCUGACAGUUUAACAACACAGUUGAUCAAGUCUGACUUGACUGUUUUAUCUGAUGAUCAUGUAUUUGUUAAAUAAAUUUUACUGAUGUGUUUGUGGGGCCUGUCUCUGUGAGAGAGCUGGACAUUAAUGCCUGACACUGUUGCUGCUCUUUGCACACAGGCGUGACUCUUUGUCCGUCGGAUUACACAGGGCAUUUGGUGUGUUGUUUGGAAUGCAGACAGGCUGACAAAGCUAACUUCCUGUGUGUUUGUCUUCAUUUCUCAGGGCCCAGGAAACAUUCCUACAGUGGGACCAGUUCAGACGCUUCUAUAAUUUUCUCAUGGCUGACAACAUGAAGAAAAUCAUCCUCUCACAUAGGUAUUACUGUUGGUCCUGCACAGACAGCACAGUUUAUUUCAUUAUGGUUAACUUGUGGGUCAACAUGUUUAAUUUAAGAGAGCAACACCCAAAAAACAAACAAACAGCCCUUCAAUGUCACAUAAACAAAACAGAGAGAACAUGGUUUCAGGACUUUUUCAUCUGAACUUUUAACUAUUGAAUUCUUUUUGAAGGUGUUGGUCAGCUUGUGACAUGCAGCAGGCACACCCGUUUAUUUGCAGAGAAGUCCUCGGACAAUGACCGGCUCUGUCUCUGCUUUGGUUCAGUCUGACUUAACACAGACUUGACAGAUGUUUUGCUUUCCCACGUACACUUCUUCCCAUUUUAUGUCAUUUUUAAUGCACAGUGAAUAGCCUCAUAUUUUCACAUGUUUUUAGGAAUUAUGUUUUUGUACAUAUUUGUGAAUCGUUGUUUUCCGAAUGUUACAGGCACAGUUUGUUUGGGGGAAGCUCAGUGAAAACGAUAGAUGCAGAUGUCGGUCGGCUGUGGACAGCGACGUCCCUCAUGCAGAUCGAUGACAAUAUCAUGAGGUAUUUUAAGAAGCUUUUAAGUGAAGGUCAUAGCUCUCAGUCUGCUUUUAAUGCAAUAGUUUGCUGAUUUGCUUUAAUAAAUCUAUAACAUUUAUUCAAUCAUUUGUCACUAAUGAGACAAUAAAAUGAAGAACUUAAUGACACUUUUGUCUUUGGGUGGUUUCAACAGAAAAUUCCACGGCCACAGCUCUCUGAAGGAGUAUUAUGAGAAGGAGAGUUGUGUACAUUUUAUCCACAAUGUAAGACCUGUUUUUUUCUCAUCCCUCACAUAAACAUAAAUAUGUAUCUCUUUUUAAGUCUGUUUGUGUAUUUGUCUGAUGCCUGGGUCCUCAUUUGCAGGUAAAUGUGCCAUUGCUGCUAGUGAACUCAGCAGAUGAUCCUCUGGUUCAUGACUCACUGCUCACCAUCCCUCGCACACUAGCAGGUAACACCCAACAUGUGUCAUGAUAAGAGUGCAAGAUCUAAGCCUUUGUGAAAAACAAAUAACAUUGUUUUUUCAGCUAUGUUCACUUGUGUACUUUACAGAUUCUUAUUAUUGUUUAGUGGCCAUCAACUAGGAAAUAUCAACACACAUCAAAUUCUGUUCACCUUUCCCAGCAGUAUCUGCAGUAUUGUUCAAGACAAGCAGUGUGAGGGAGAGAUAUUGAAGAAAAAUCAAACUACAGACCUUUAGAGGCAGUAUCUGCAGUUCAGAGUAAAUGUCAGACUUCUCUACAAUCAGAGCUUUGGUUGUUCUUCUACACAUGAAAUAUGAAAAAGGUGCAUGAAUAGACCAAAAGCUGCAUAAUACUUUGCAGAUGUGAGUCACUCAAACUUUUUUAAUAUUAUAAAAUAAGUUUAAUUCUGUAAUAGUUAUAUUGACCCUUGAAAGCAAAACAAGUGCUUUACCAAGGUGCUUCACACAGACGGACAGGCAAUAAACAUGUGAGGAGAGAGAGGAAAUGUUAUUGAAAAUUAAAAUAGGAAACUUAAACCUGCAGAUAAAAUCUGAUUUUGAAUAACUCUGACAAGCUGAAAAUUUGAUGAUACCAGAUUUAACUGAAUAUUUAAUACUGUGCCAAAAAUAAUGAUGUGUACUUGGCUCUGUAGAGUGAAAUUCUGUACUGGAGUCUGUCAUGUUCUUGCAGACUCUUUUGUCACAUAUUUGGUCCUCCAUUGAGUCAUCACUUCUUUAAUACAACAAGUUCACCCUGCCUGGCUGCAAUGCUUGCAGCUGACACCCCAUUUUGUUCUCAGAAUAAAAUAAAAAAACAUGUCUGCUAUCCCAAAAGGCCUUCUUAUAAUAAGUUGGCCCUUCACCCUUAAACGGCCAGGGUGGGUCUAAAGUGUAGGUUAUGCCCUUGGGUGUGUUUCAGCAGCUGCAACAAUCACUCAUGUAUAUAGUUUAGUGGGUGGUUCCUGUGUAUAUCUAUUUAAACGUAGUUUUAACUUGUUCACAUGUGUAAAUUAUUACAGUUUUUAACAAGCAGUGGACUGGACAACAUGCUCAAAUCUUAUUUCAUAGAAAGUUCAUCUAUCUAAGCUUGCUCCUUUUGUUACAGAGUGUCUAAUCAAGUGCCCCACCCCCCCACAGCCUGAGUUAUAUUUAAACUUGCUGACCACUUACACUAUUUUGGAAAAAGAAAUUCCCUUGUGUGAGGAUGUUUAUGUGGGCAGAUAAGUCCUGACUGGAAGUUCUUGCUCUGUCCUACAUGUCUCUAGAGAGCAACAUUUACUGAAAAGAGGAUCAGCCGUCACCUUUGCCCUGAAAUAUGUCAUGGUGACUCACACACGGGGUCACCAGGAGAGGACAGAAAUACACUCACCGUGUUAGAGCUGUGAUUAACUCGGAUUAAAAGUCUAUGAUAAGAAGAGUUUACAACUUGCUGUUAAGUAAUACUCACCUUUGAUACACUAUUUUCACAGCCUAUUUCAUGCAUUGAUGUAUGGAGUGUGGCGGUGACACAAUGUCUGACAAAUCUGAACAGAUUUGACUGAUGUAACAGCAAAAAAUCAACCUGUUUUAAUGUCUUUUUAAAGUACAGACCGUUCUCUAGAUCAUUCUGUUCCUACCUGCCAGUCACAGCCUACUGAAAAAAUUGCUUAGGGUCUAAACCUGCUCUUGGCUGUCCCAUGACAGCUCAGCAGCUGUCAUGAAUAGUGCACAGUGGUGAAAACCCUGUGGGAUCUUAAUCACUAGUCAACCGCAUCAGGCUCACCCACUAACCCAGAUAAAAGCGGCAGAAUAAAAGGAUUCAGGCCAAUCCUUUUCACGGGACCACUCUGCCUGGUUGACCACAGCGACAGCACUCUGCGCAAGUUCAGACAUGAAACGAAACAAGAAGGAAUGGAUCUGCUUCCUCUCUUUAAGCCUCUGCUGGUAUUAAGUGUGGCAGGGGGCACUGUGUUUUUCCAUUAUGUGUUGGUCUGCCUCCACAUACCUCCACUUUAAAUAUAGUCUGUCAAAAAUUUUAAGUAUACUGUUAUAUCCUUAUCCCCCACACCAGCAGAAGUUGCACUGUCAUCCUGUGAGAAACACGCGGCUGGUUAUAAAACUGCAACUUGACUGGUUUGCAGAGGUAUGCAACCCCAGGGCAGUAAUUCUAGUUGUAUAUUUAUAGAUCAGGGAACCUAUAAGUCUCUGAAGCUGUGCCUUUUUCUCUUGUGUAGGUGUUACCUUCAUCCUGUUUAGUCAGCUGUUGUUAUUACAACGGCAGAUACCUUUACCCUCCAAUAACGUUGAACACCUCAUUCUGAAACCAUGUCUAUUAUCAUGCUGCUCGUAAAAGGCUGUUCACAUCCCGACUGCAGAAAUUUGCUCUUCUCUACCUACCUGUGAAAAAAACAAGAUGAGAUUCAGGGCUUCACAUUCACAAAGGAAACUUAAAUAAAGAAAUGAAAAAGAAAUUUCAUGAAGACAGAGGUGUCCAUUCACUUGCUCCUCAGAAACUUUUGCCAGUUAUGUUGGUAUAUUGUAGUGGGUAAGAGAGCUGUAAGUUACCAAAAACCUGCCUCAAGUGUUCAUAUCCCAUGAAAUUUAAAUUACACUUAUGUUAGUCGAUGAAUAAAUAAAUAAGAAAUUCAGAGCCACAUUUGGAAACCUUUACAGAUAUUUAUAACUUAUCAAAGACAGGUACUUGUUUAUAUUUGUUUCUCUGGUUUUUAGGAUUUACUUCCAUUUUAGCUUUUUUUUUUUUAAUUUUCCAUCACUGACAAAUUUAUUGAUUUAUUUCUGCCUCUAAAACGUACGUGCUUGAAGUUGAGUCACCCUGUUAUCUGUUUGACCAGUUAAACACACCCUGCCUAUCUAUAAGAGGCAUAAAAUAAUCCGUGUCAUGCCCACAUUUGGUCAUGUGUCCACUGUUGGUUUUCUGAUACUGAUGUGUGCACAAUGUCCAGAGUACAGAGGCCUCAUUCUUGUGUGUUGUGUCAUCCUUUAGCAAAGAAACCGAAUGUCAUCUUUUCCCUGACGCUACAUGGCGGCCACCUGGGUUUCUUCGAGGGCGCAGUGCUCUUCCCCCAGCCCCUCACCUGGAUGGACAAAGUGAUUGUGGGUUACGCCAACGCCAUAUGCCAAUGGGAGAAACAGAAACCGCCAUGCCAAACCGGCCCCCUGACUGAGAGCCCCUGCACAGAGGAAAAAGCAUAAACCUCUUAUUUCUCUCAUAUCGUCUCUUUCCUCUCACCCUCUCCAGCCCUUUUGUCCCAGCACAGAGGAGACAUCCAAACUAAACCUUAAACUCUUAUCUCUGCCUUCUCCUCUGGUGCUACCCAAAUGCCCCUUACACAGACGCACACAUGUACACAGUUCUCUUCGCCUUUGACACAGACCCCCCCGUCUAUACACAACGUCACCUUACAGUAUGUGAAGGAACACAGUCGACUAACUGCCUUUUGUGCUCUUCUUCAGUGAGAAGACCUUAAAAUUAAAGCAGAAAACAUGAGUUUUUCUGUGUGCGUACACAACAAUGAUCCUUGACUAACAGAGGUGUUGACCAAAUAUAAUAAAUGUUCAGUCAAGCUGGCAUUGAAAAGUCAGUGAGAGCAGAGAGCACCACUUAAAAGUAGUUCAUUGACAAAUAAGAGCACACGAGAAGCCUCCUGUAACUGUAAACAUGGACUGUGCUGCAGCAGGUGCCGACGUACUGCACCUGUAAGAAGCUCACUGCUUAUCACCGCCAAGGCCAUGUAGCCUAGUCUGCUGUCUUAACCAACACAGCGUCUUUGUACUUUGUAUGUAUGUGUGGUCGUAAUGCCCAGAUGUGGUGUGUAUGUGUCUGUGUGUGCCUGUGUAGGCAGAGAGUUAAAGACCCGUGACAGAGCAUGUGAUUUUGUGGUUGGUAGGUGUGAUCCAUAUCCCCUGUUGGUUGUCUGUCGGCCACUUUUUCUGUUCUUUCGGGUGAACUGUCGCUCGGCUGUUUUGUAGAAAAUGUAUAGCAGAGAAGUUAAGUAUUGAAGUGGGGUUUUACACAUUAUUUCCACCUCAUAGCAUCCUCCUGGGGCUUGUGUUUGGCGCUUGAAAUGCGAGUGUACCAAACAUGAGCAGGGAUCAACCUCAGAGGGGAACCAUGCACAUUCCCACAGUCGCAUUCUAUCACUUUGAUCCAGAGCACUUUACAUCCUGUAGGACACAUCUUUUUUUCCCCAUUUGUUCAUCAUUAUUCAAAGCCCAGAUAUGGACGGUUAUCAACAGUUUAGCUUGAUAGUGAGUGAUAGAAAUAACAGGGGGGGAGCAGGGAUGAUAACGUAAAGUUAGAUGACUCAAAUGUUCCCUGUGUCGUCUUUUGUCCCCGUCUUUGAGCCCUCUUACUCUUUCAUCUGCCUUUGAUCAGCUGCAGGUCCGACCAAGACCUCGAUGUGAUUCUCUCACUGCACAGACACAGACUUGCUGCUGUGCUAGCCUCUGCCGUUGCUCCAGGGCUAGCACACAAACCUCAAAGUACCUCAUUAGAUGUUAACAUCUCAGUGUAUUUGAGAAAUUUCUCUGGAUGAUUCUGCGUCUAUGAUGAGGGGCUGUUUUAAGAGGGAGAGUUCUGCAGCAGGAGGCAGGUUUUCUCAUAAUCUGAGCUGUGAGGUGUGAUGCGUAGGAGGGCUGAGGAUACUAAUGCUAAACCAAACGUUUAUUUGAGUGGAUUGUUUGUAAAAUACUGGUGAUUGUUAUGUUGUAUAAAAAGAUGGAGAGGAUCGCAUGCAGGAGAGGUGAGGCAGAUUUUAAUGUAAGGGAAUAUUUUAGUUUUUAAGACGGCAUUUCUUGUUUUUCUUGUCUGGGCUGAUCCGAGCGUUAAAGCUGUUGCAGCACAGCAGAGUUCACUUGAACACUGCAGUGAGUUGCUGAAACCCAUCUCAAUCGUGUUUUUAAUGGAGUUAUACUGCAAUAACGGGACCUAUGGACUCUUUAAAACCUGAAUAUGUUUGAGAACUUUGAUUUAAGGGCUUAGGAAGCUUCUUCCAGUCCGGCCAAGUAAUCUGUAUUCUGAAACACUGUGAUGAGACAGGUGGAUGGUUGAAAUGAUGAAAGGAGACAACAGCUUAUGUUGAAGGCUUUUAUAAGAUCUGGUGUUAAUGUCUUUUUGAGUAGUAGCGAGUUGCAGGAACUCUAGUAUAUUAGGAGGAUACAUAAAUGGAACUCAGUGUCAACCUUAAAAGUGAGCUGAAUAUGAAAAACUAAAGACCAAAAACAUCUGUCUGGGCUAAAGAAGCAUUUGUUAUCUCUUAAAGAAGGCACUGACUUAUUGUAGCUGGAGGAUUACACCUUUGUUUUUAUUCAUCCUACACUUCUGUGACAGUUUUGGUUCAAAUUUCAGUAAAUCAAAUGAAGCACCUAAAAAUUAAAACAGUUUUCAGAGCCCAAAGUUACAUCUUCAGUUUGCUUCUCUGUGUUUCCAAAGACUACGUGUUUUGAAUACUCUGGCUCCAAAAUGAAAUGAUCACAGCAGUGUGAGGAGACCUCUUGUGUUUGUUUGAAGCUGUAGCUGGCUUAACAUGGACCUCCUUCAGUGGAGAUUAUUCUGUGAACAAUCAAUGAAACCCGGGAUUUACUCACACCUAUGUCACUUGGCUGGAAUUAAAAAAGGGAUUUACAAAUCCAACCUUAUCCCUUCAUACAGAGGGAAUUCACUGAUCCAACACUCGUGCCCUCAUUUUUCUUCAACAACAAAUCUGAAAUUGAGACUUUGUUAUAAAGUCAUCAGCCUGAUAUAACAGAUGAAAAUUUGAAAAAGAGUUCACUUUUUAUUUUGACACUGACUUUAUACUGUAUUGAUCUGCUGGGGCCAUAAUCUCUGAUUCAGGAUCAGUUUCAUGGCUGUUUGUCAUCCUGCGUCACUCAAACCACAACUUAACGUUGCCAUCUGUUGUCAGGAGAACAAACUACAACUGCCAGUCAGUCAUAGCACUUCUCUUUCACCUGCACUGAGACUAAUCGUUCAUGAUCAUAUCCAAAGCUCUUAUUUACAGACAAAUCAGCUAAUUUGGAUUCAUUCUGGGAAAAGAAAAUCUCCUAUCUGUUUGAGAAAUAAUCUGCUGAUAAUUGACGACACCAGCACAAACCUGUCUGCAGUAGGAGUCAUUGCUGUUCUUUUGAGGACUUUGCCUCCUUCCUCCCAAUUUUGCACCUGAAUGCAGAGUUGGGUGUAUUGUUUGGAUGUAUUUUUUUCUAGUUGAUUAUUUGGGGAAUUUUUUUGUAUUUUAUAUUGUUAUAGAUUUUUGUAUUAUUUACUCGUGCAAAUGCAUCAGAGUGAGUGUUGACGAAUAAACAUACUGUCAUGUCACCACUUCUGAUAGACAGAAACCAAAACUUGUACACUUUAACAUGAAAAAAAGAAAAGAAAUAUGAAAGAACAGUGUUUAUUCAAGUGCUCUGGGGGAUAGAUAGAAAAAAUAAAGGCAAUAACAAACCAGGAGGGAUGAGCUCAUCAUAUUAGUGCUUGUGAGUUAGAAACCAGUGUCAGGUGGCAUUAGACCAAAUCAUGUCAAAAACAUUUGAGAGUGUGGGAUCUUAAAUGUUGUUUUACUGUGUUAAUACGCUUCACUGAACUUAUUCCAACCACAGCGCUCCAAACAUCAUGUGUUUUCUGUUUCUGGGCUCAUGUUUUGUUGUUUUGAAGCUAAUACUCUAAAUAUUAACAGUUCCAGUAAAUCUGAUUAAUCCAAACGCUCAUACUGGGAUGAAUAUUACACAGUGUUGCAUUACUCUAAAGCUAUGUCUCAUUCGAGAGUCUUUUCAGCCCCCAAAAGUGGAUCAGGGCUCACUGUAUGUUUUUAUUCGCCAGCUUCAAUUUUCUGUUAAACAUUUUAAGACCGUUAAAAAAAACAUGGUGGCAAUUUGAAGGGAUACACAAAGUCACACAACGUGAUGUAAUCUGUUAAUGAACACUGGGUGUUUUUGUUGAGGAGAAUCAUUGGUGUGUGUGAACUAAUUAUGUGAGGAAAUAUGGUUAUUGUGUUCCAAAAUAAAUUAUUUUCUCAAAUGAAAAAAGUUUUUU